GGUCGGCAGUUGGUCGGCUGCCUUGGCCAACUGGACGAUAUUAAUCCACCUACCGCGGACGAUCCUGCUGUGCCGAAGCAGAAGGUUUUGGUCAGGAUACUUUUAGGCGGUGUUUGGGCGUCUCAGGUGAGCAAACCAGCUGCCAGUGGCAAUGACUUUGCCGACUAUGCGGCGUUUGGAUCGGCACAUGUGGCAACGCCAGUUGCGGCAGCUCCUUAGACAGUGUUCGGCUAAAACUUCCACCACUCCUGCGUCGAUUGCCUACACCGGCACGAUUCAAUCGCUGGCGAACUUCAUCAAAAGUGGUGCAACUCAACCCAACUACAGCCGAUGGAACGUUUGCCAAGUUGGUCACCUACAGUACGGCGGGAGCGACAACAGCUCAAGCACUGGUUCAACUACGAUGGUCUCAGCUGCGCCGUCAGCCCACCUAUUCAAGCGUCCAGCUAUCAAGCAUAUUUUGAUCCUCCGGGUCCAUGGCCGAGGUGGCUUAUCCAUCAGCACCAACUUCACGGGCCCCUAUCGGAUACGGCUUAAGCGGAUCACCCUCGGACAACCUACAGCUCGCGCCAACGUUACACUUUCGUAAGAUUCU